GGUGUAUAGCAGCUGGGGCGCACGGCCUAUGGCUCGAUCUCUGCCUCUGAUUCUGGCUGUGCCUGUGCAUAACUUGCGGUUGCUCGCUCGAUGUCAUGCGGCGUAACUAAGCUGAUUAUUCAAUUAUCACAGCUGCUCGGGUGCUCUUCACAAUUUAGAGUGACAUAAUUUACGUGGCUGCCGUUAGCAUUAGCCUGCCCCAAGCCCCAAGCCCCGGAAGAACAUUGAACGUCAGCUGCCGCAUAGAUACAGACAGGCACUGGAUACAGUUUAAGUAGACUGAAAUUUGAGAUCUGUAACUUUGGAUUUACUCACAAUACAUUAACAUUAUUCGUCACAUACCUGCCUCGACAAACAACACCAAAAAUAUUCAUAUAUCUGCUAUCGCACUCACAAUGGCACGCUCCGCAUCCACACAGAGCAUGAAUGGGCUGACCAGCAUGGCGCCCUUCCCGGUGCUACCGCGCCCACUCUCCGACAUCAGCGUCUGCCCGCUGGCUCGCCGUCUGCCGGCCAAGGCGCUGCGUGUCUGCUUCCUGCGCAACAUGAAUCAACACUUUGGCGGCGUGUGCCUGCCCGUGUCGAAGAAGCGCUACCAGGAGUUCCAGGCGCUGCUGGAGGCAGUCACGGUGGCGUUCCGCCCGCACGUCUACCUCAAGUCGGCCAUAACUCGCAUCUUUCGCAUCAAUGGCACCGAGCUGCUGUCGAUAGACGACUUCUUCGAGGGCGACAUUGUGGCCUGCUGCUGCCAGUACGAGCCCUUCAUAGACGUGGGCUACAAUGUCAAUCAGCACUACAUGCGGAUUCUGGGCUCCCUCAUCCGAAUGCGUGAGAAGAUUGAAGAAGAAGAAGACGAAGGGGAGGACGCGCCUCUCUCGGAAGACGAUGGCGUCAUUGACUACAAGAGCUGCGAGCUGCCACAAGCCAUACUCCUGUACCUGGACGUGGCUAAGCCCAUCUGGAUAAACAAGUCGACGGUGAUAUUCGAGAGCACGGGCCGAGCCCGCAAGAAUAAGAACUACAUCAUCAAAAUGGUAGACAGGGAGCACAUGUGCUCGCGCACCAACGACACCUACUUUGAGAUUGAAAUCUUGCGCAGGCUGCAGGAUCAUCCGAACAUCAUUGACCUCAUAUACACGGUGGAGCAGUUCAAGUACAUUUACAUUGUGAUUGAGCGCCUGGACUGCGACCUCUUCGAGCUGCUGCAGAAGAAGCAAGUCUUUCCCGAAUCGCUGGUCCAGAAGGCCAUGCGGGACAUCAGCAAGGGCCUGGCGUACAUCCACGCGUGCCAGAUCAUCCAUCGAGACUUGAAGCUCGACAAUCUGCUGGUGCAGCUCGACUACUCGGCCCCCAUGGAGCCCGCUGUGGUGGCGAUCAAGAUAAGCGACUUUGGCCUGGCCACCUACUACCAGGGCCGGGAGAUCUACCAGUGCUGCGGCACGCCCCACUACAUGGCGCCCGAGCUGAUCAACUGCUCGGGCUACGACUUCGCUGUGGACCUGUGGGCGCUGGGCGUCACGCUCUACUACAUGCUCUUCAGUCGGCUGCCCUUCGCGCACAGCGAGUGCGAUCCCCGGGCUGUGCAAGAGUUCAUUCGAAGAAAUAACUACCACAUACCGCCCGAGCUGAAGAUGAAGGUCAGCCGGCCAGCUCAGCAGCUGGUCAGGUCGCUGCUGGUCAAGUUUCCGCCGCAUCGACUGUCGGCCAUCGAGGUGUGCCAUCAUCCAUUCCUGAUGAAUAGGCGCAGCGGUUCGCUCUAAGCUCUGGAGCUGUCACAAACAUUUUAUUCUUUUACCCACUUUAAAUUAUUAACCGCACGCCUCAAAAUAAUUGGGAAGCAAAUGUAAUAAAUUUAUGAUGCGUGACUUUGAUGAGG